GAGAAUAAUGUGGGAGAGUAGGCAGAUGAGAUUAGAUGAUUUGGUAAGAGUGGUGCGGAAAUUAGAAACAAACCAUUUGAAAGAAUGUUAUAGAGAGAGAGAGAGAUAAGUAGUUAUUCAAUAAUUACUACAAAAGUAACAAAAACGAUUAAAAUAAAACCAAGAGUCAUUGUAUCACUCCUCAAUAGCUCCUUUGUUUCUCAGAUCUCUAGGAAAAAAUUCUCAGACUUUCAGAGCACUUUGGUGGUUUUGUUUGCUUGGUUUCUCGGGAAAAUUCUCUCUUCUUACUUUAUUACUUCUCUCUCUCUCUCUCUCUCCUCUCUCUCUCUCUCCUCUCUCUCCCUCUCUCUCCCUCUCUCUCUUGUCACUGCUCGUUUAGCACUCAUUCUCUUAAUACUUCUUUCGAAAAUUCUCUCUCUCCUAAAGCUGAGUGUUUUGCAAGACGUCAUUUUUCAAUUUGGGUUUUCUCUAUUCACUCCAUUUGAUUAGGAUUGAGAGACAAAAACAAGAGAGAGGUUCCAUUACUGGAAAAAAAGAGUGAGAUUGCCUCAAAGUAGUUUUUGUGUCUGAAAAUAGACAAAAAGGCUAAGGCUUUUUUAGAUAUGGGAGAGAGAAAGAUGAGUUGGUGGGUUUACUGAAGCUUUGUGUUUUUUUUUUUUUUCCCUGGCCAAAGGUGAUUGCUUUAAGUAGAGGGAUAUAUGGUCAUGGAUGGUGUAAGAUUGGUGAUUUGGAGAUUAGGGUUUUUGGUUUUGGUAUUGUUCCUUGAUGUCUCUUCUGCUACACUUUCUCCUACUGGUGUAAACUAUGAAGUGACGGCUUUGGUGGCUGUGAAGAAUGAAUUGAAUGAUCCGUACAAUGUUCUUGAGAAUUGGGAUGUGAAUUCUGUUGAUCCUUGUAGUUGGAGAAUGGUUAGUUGCACUGAUGGCUAUGUCUCUAUGUUGGGACUUCCUAGCCAAAGCUUGUCUGGUACAUUGUCUCCUAGAAUCGGAAACCUCACCCAUCUACAAUCUGUGUUGUUGCAAAACAAUGCAAUCACUGGUCCAAUUCCCGAAACGAUUGGGAGGUUGGAGAAGCUUCAGACACUUGAUCUUUCGAACAAUUCAUUCACCGGGGAGAUACCGGCCUCACUUGGAGAACUCAAGAACUUGAAUUACUUGCGGUUAAAUAAUAACAGUCUUACAGGAACUUGCCCUGAGUCUCUAUCCAAGAUUGAGGGACUCACUCUAGUUGACAUUUCAUAUAACAAUCUUAGUGGUUCGUUACCAAAAGUUUCUGCCAGAACUUUCAAGGUAAUUGGAAAUGCGUUAAUCUGUGGCCCAAAAGCUGUUUCAAACUGUUCUGCUGUCUUUCCUGAGCCUCUCACACUUCCACAAGAUGGUCCAUCAGAUGAAUCAGGAACUCAUACCAAUAGCCAUCACGUUGCUCUUGCAUUCGCCGCAAGCUUCAGUGCAGCAUUUUUUGUUUUCUUUACAAGUGGAAUGUUUCUUUGGUGGAGAUAUCGGCGUAACAAGCAAAUAUUUUUUGACGUUAAUGAACAAUAUGAUCCAGAGGUGAGUUUAGGACACUUGAAGAGGUAUACAUUCAAAGAGCUUAGAUCCGCGACCAAUCAUUUCAACUCGAAGAACAUUCUUGGAAGAGGUGGAUAUGGGAUUGUGUACAAAGGCCAUUUAAGUGAUGGAUCGUUGGUAGCUGUCAAACGUCUCAAAGACUGUAACAUCGCGGGUGGAGAAGUCCAGUUUCAGACAGAAGUAGAGACUAUAAGUUUGGCUCUUCAUCGAAAUCUCCUCAGGCUCCGCGGUUUCUGUAGUAGCAACCAGGAGAGAAUAUUAGUCUACCCUUACAUGCCAAAUGGGAGCGUCGCAUCACGCUUAAAAGAUAAUAUCCGGGGAGAGCCAGCAUUAGACUGGUCAAGAAGGAAGAAGAUAGCGGUUGGGACAGCUAGAGGACUGGUGUACCUACAUGAGCAAUGUGACCCAAAGAUUAUACACCGAGAUGUGAAAGCGGCGAACAUUCUGUUGGAUGAGGACUUUGAAGCAGUUGUUGGUGAUUUCGGGUUAGCUAAGCUUCUUGACCAUAGGGACUCACACGUCACAACUGCAGUUCGUGGAACUGUAGGCCACAUUGCACCGGAGUACUUAUCUACUGGUCAGUCUUCUGAGAAGACCGAUGUCUUUGGCUUUGGUAUACUUCUCCUUGAGCUCAUUACUGGUCAGAAAGCUCUUGACUUUGGCCGUUCCUCACACCAGAAAGGUGUAAUGCUUGACUGGGUGACGAAGCUGCAUCAAGAAGGGAAACUAAAGCAACUAAUAGACAAAGAACUUAAUGACAAGUUUGAUAGAGUAGAGCUCGAAGAAAUCGUUCAGGUCGCGCUUCUAUGCACUCAGUUCAAUCCAUCUCAUCGACCAAAAAUGUCAGAAGUAAUGAAAAUGCUUGAAGGCGACGGCUUGGCUGAGAGAUGGGAAGCGACGCAGAACGGUACUGGGGAGUCGCAACCACCGCCGUUGCCACCGGGGAUGAUGAGUUCAUCUCCUCGUGUAAGGUAUUACUCAGAUUAUAUCCAGGAAUCGUCUCUUGUAGUAGAAGCCAUUGAACUCUCAGGUCCUAGAUGAUGAUUAAUGUAACACUCUUUUUCUUGUUUUCAUUUUUUUUCUUUUCUUGGGUUUUUGUUUUGUUUUUUGUCUUUUUAUAAAUGUUGAUAUAAACUGUGGAGUUGAGUGUAACUUUUAUGUAAAAAAAAAAUAUAUUAAAUGCAAUAGAAAAUGUUGAUUAGCUUGACACAUCAAUCUUUAAUUUUUGGA